AUGAUCCAGAACGGCCAGCAAGGAGAGCACAACAUGCCGACGGCAUACAUUUUGGUGGAUGUGGGUUGCCUGGCCUGCUACAUCGUUGAGUUGGUCCUGUACUUCAUGGUUCAUCGCUUCUACUUCUUUGUGAAUGAAAAUGCUGGCUGGAAUAUCCUUCACCUGGUCUUGGUUAUCUUCAGCAUAUUGGACUUAGCCUCCCAUGGUGGCAGUGAUGAGACCGGAACGGUGAUGUACAUGAGAUCGCUCAGAUUCUGCCGCGUCACCAAGGCUUUUCGCAUUUUUCGGGUGAUGUCCUCCUUCCACGAAUUGGCCAGCAUGUUGAGAAGCUUUACCUCCUGCCUGUGGGCCAUGCUCUGGAGUUUCCUGCUGCUCUAUCUCUUGCUUUUUCUCAGCGCGCUGAUCUUUGCUCAAGGCAUCAGCGAAAGCCUCAGUGACGGGGAAUUCCUGGGCGAAGAAGAGGUGGUGAAAUCACAUUUCGGAACCGUGGGGCGCACCAUGCUCUCCCUCUACAUGAGCGUCACAGGUGGUGCUGACUGGAGCCUGUACUAUGACCUGGUGGAAAGAACGGGUUUCGUCUACCCCUGGCUGUGGUUGUCCUACACAUUUCUCUUCACCUUUGCUUUGGUCAAUAUAUUGACGGCCCUGUUCGUGGAGAAAGCCGUGGAGGGUGCGAAACCGGAGCGGGAGUAUCGAAUCCUUCACGAGCGCAAGAAGUUGGUGGAACAGGCGGAGGAACUGCGAGAGUUGUUCUACAAAAUCGAUCUGGAUCACUCUGGUGCCAUCUCCUUCGAUGAGUUCAUGUCCUGCAUGAUGGACUACAACAUCAUCACCUUCAUGCGCAGUCUCGGUAUAGAGGUCAAUGAUGCGGAGUUGCUGUGGAAGCUGGUCGCAGGUCAAGACGGAGAACUGGAAAUCGCCCAUUUUGUGGACACUUGCAUGGCUGUGAAAGGCCAAGCGAGCACCCUAGACAUCCAGAAGCAGCUCAUGUCCAUCGAGCGCGUGGCGGAGACACUAAGGCGAUGGGAGGACAACUUCUGGCCCUUGCUGGUGGAGGCCCCGAGUUCCGAGACGAUUCACGAGGCGAGCAACCGCAGCCGCAGCCGCAUCAGCCACAGCACCAGCCGCAUGACCCGGAGAAGUCCAAGCACAAGGCCUGAGGUCAUGGUGAAAACACAGCUGAAAUUGUAA